GCGGUGCAUUGUGGGAGUGGCGGCAAGAUGGCCGCGGCCGCCGCCGCUGCUGGCUUAAGCUGGAGGCGGGUCCCUUCCUCCACCGGGCCGGUGCCCCGCUCCCGCCACGGACAUCGCGCCGUGGCCAUCCGCGAGCUGGUGAUCAUCUUCGGGGGCGGCAACGAGGGCAUCGCCGACGAGCUGCACGUCUACAACACGGCUACAAAUCAGUGGUUUCUUCCUGCUGUUAGAGGAGAUAUUCCUCCAGGCUGUGCAGCCCAUGGAUUUGUCUGCGAUGGCACCAGAAUACUAGUGUUCGGAGGAAUGGUUGAAUAUGGAAGAUACAGUAAUGAAUUAUAUGAAUUACAGGCAAGUCGAUGGUUGUGGAAAAAAGUAAAACCUCAGCCUCCAUCUGUUGGUUUACCACCUUGUCCUCGACUUGGCCACAGCUUUUCUUUAUAUGGUAACAAGUGUUAUUUAUUUGGUGGCCUGGCAAAUGAAAGUGAAGAUUCAAACAAUAAUAUUCCCAGAUAUUUAAAUGAUUUCUAUGAACUGGAGCUGCAACAUGGUUCUGGAGUCAUAGGCUGGAGCAUUCCAAUGACCAAAGGGAUCUUGCCUUCUCCUCGAGAAUCCCACACAGCCAUUGUGUAUUGCAGAAAAGAUUUGGGAAAUCCAAAGAUGUAUAUUUUUGGAGGGAUGUGUGGCUGUCGACUUAAUGACCUUUGGGAGCUUGACAUAGAAACAAUGACCUGGUCAAGACCAGAAACUAAGGGGAUGGUGCCACUUCCUCGCAGUCUCCAUACAGCCAAUGUAAUAGGAAACAAAAUGUAUGUUUUUGGUGGAUGGGUUCCACAGACAGUGGAGGAUGAGAUUUCUGCUUGUGAUGGUGAAUGGAAGUGUACCAGUUCAUUUUCUUAUCUAAAUUUGGAUACCACGGAAUGGAUCGGUCUAAUCUCAGAUUGUCAGGAAGACAAAAAGAACUUGUUACCCGGGCCAAGAGCUGGACACUGUGCUGUGGCAGUCGGCACUCGUCUAUACAUCUGGAGUGGUAGAGAUGGUUAUAGAAAAGCUUGGAAUAAUCAAGUUUGCUGCAAGGAUCUUUGGUAUUUAGAUACAGAGAAACCAUCAGCACCAUCGCAGGUACAGUUGAUCAGAGCUACAACUAAUUCUUUUCAAGUAAAAUGGGAUGAAGUUCCUACAGUUGAAGGAUAUCUUCUUCAGUUAAAUGCUGACUCCCCAGCACCUAUGGUGACUGGUGGAACUGUGGUUCCUGAGACUGCACUGCUGAGUUCACAAGGAAUCAAGUUGGAUCUUCACAGCCAAACAAAUCACAUGGUUCCUAAUAAUGUACAAGUUGCAUCUAAUUCAUUAUUAAAACUAGAAGCUAAAGAAAAUAUUACUGAACCUGAAAACAUGGUUACACAAGAAGCUACAAAGAAAAACCAUCUAGAUUCCAGAGGAUUCAAAGAGUCAAAUGCCCCCUCACUUUUGCCAGUGUGCACUUUAGAUCCUCAGACUUCAGCAAAUGUAGCUGAAUUACGUGACUUGGACAUACGAACUGUAAAUCCUGAUGCUUCUGUAUCCAGUACUGUCUCCAGCACACAAACUAUGGUAACCCAGCAGGCUGUUAAAACUGAGUCAUCAAGUACAAAUGGGGCAGUUGUUAAAGAUGAAACUUCACUAACAACAUUCAGUUCAAAAUCUGAAGUUGCUGAAACUACUUUUAUAAUACCUUCAACCAAAGUCAGCACUGGUCAAACAAAUAACUUGACUGUGCACUUAUCUAAAACUACUCCACUAAGACAGAUGGCAACAGUGAAAACAAGAGAACGACGGUGGUACGAUGUGGGAAUUUUUAAAAGCAGUAGUGCUUUGGUGAGCCAGUACUAUUUGUUGCCAGAAGAAAAAUCAAGCAUCUCCAACAAGGUGGAAAAUACAGAUGUCCCAGACUACAGUUUACUUAAGAAACAGGAUCUCUUUCCAGGCACUGUGUACAGGUUCAGGGUUGCUGCAAUUAAUGGCUGUGGUGUAGGCCCUUUCAGUAAAGUCAAUGAAUUUAAAACCUGCAUUCCUGGGUUUCCUGGGGCACCUUCAACGGUCAGAAUCACCAAGAGUGUAGACUGUAUUCAUCUUUCAUGGGAGCCACCUGUUUCACCUUCAGGAAAUAUCUUGGAAUAUUCAGCUUACUUAGCUAUUCGUACCACACAAGUACACGAAAACCCAAAUCAGCUUGUAUUUAUGAAAAUAUACUGUGGUCUUAAAACAUCAUGUGUAGUGACUGCUGCACAGCUUUCAAAUGCCCAUGUUGAUUACACCUCCAGACCUGCUAUAGUGUUCAGGAUUUCUGCAAAGAAUGAGAGAGGAUAUGGACCAGCCACGCAAGUUCGAUGGCUUCAAGGUAAAGUGGAUACCAAAUGUUGUGUUAAAUGGGAUUUAUCUGCACUAUGAGAACUAUUUAUCAAACCAUUUUUCUGUUUGUUGAGUCCAUUUUUCCUCAGCAGCAUGCAUGAGGAAACCUCUUCUCUCUGAAUGAUCUGUACAGUUUUUAGAAACAUUUGGUCAUUAAUUUAAGCUCAUCUUAAAACUUUCAGACAACUUGUUUUAUUCAUUUGGAUGCAAGUAAAAGCUGAAAAGUGGGGAAAAAAAAACCUUAAUCAAUAUAUUGGUUCACCCCACAGGUAUACAUUAACAGAAAGAACCCAAACUUUAGAUUCUAAUUAGCUUAAUUUCAACUUCAAAAUUUUUGUCUUGCUGAUACUGACAACUAACGUAGUAUCAUCCACUGUUUUGAUUGGUUCCUUCUGUCCUUUUUCCUCUUUAAUCAGAGAGUAAUUUGUUGCCUCUGUGUAUGAGGUGCCCUGAUUUUGUUCACCCAGUAAAGGCAGUGAAAUCACUGCUUUCUCUUAAGGUUUCUAAAAUUGUGUUAGUGUCUUGGCUUAUUAGGACAGUGAGCCACUCAUUACUACUUUCUAGCUUUUACAUUUAAACCAGUAAAACAAUUGCAGGGCUCAAACCAAGGUGAACUAUAAGAAAACACUAUUGUCCACACUUGAAAACUGUUUCUCUAAUAUGGGGGAAGACAAUGUAGAAGAAUUUAGUUUGGUGUUUACUAUUUCAGCCUUGCUUUGAGGGUUUUGGCAAUAAUCUAUAUAUACUUUAAUCUCUAGAUACAAGCUUCAAGAGUAUGGUCUGUUUGAAUGUGUCAGACCACUUAAACGUUCCGUGACUUCAUAUAGGUAAUAGUGUGUCUCCUUCUUUUCACAGAAAUGAAAACAUCAAGUUCAAAAUAGAAGCACCAUAAUAAAAUUCAAGUUAUAAAUGUAGUGUUUAACAUUUGUAAUAUUUUGUAAAUGCUCCAAAUACUUUAUUUUUGCAUUGUUUUUAUCUUAAAUUUAUAUGAACACUUUUUUUUAACAUUUUAAACAUCAGCAUUAUGCAGCCUUGCUCAGGUUGAACUACCAUAUACGGAAAUUCAUAUAGUGAAGGUAAAUAAUUAGAUACUGACUAUCUUCUAUCAACAACCAUUUUGAUAGUUAAAAUUUUAACUAUCAGUGUCUUUUAAAUCUGAAAUUGACACUUGAAGCAGAAUUUAAAUUUGUUAUAACUGCAGGUGCACAAGAUUAUCUGCCACUUUUGCCAGUUUUCAAAGAUUUCGUAGAGAUUGCCCUGUCGAAAUGUCAUUGCACAGAUAAUGAGGCGUUACAAAGUUAUCUCUGUUCAGUUGAAGUUCUUAUACCACAUUCAUCACUGUGGUAUCUGAGUGCAAGGCGAACAUUUCCAUUUAUUAUAGUAUCUUAAAAUGUAUAGAAUAUUUUAAUAUAUGUACUUUUUGUAAAGAAAUGAUUUUUCUACUAUUUGUAACAAAUAUUUUAAUCUUUAAAGGCAUUCCCUGAAGAUAUGCAAAUACUAGGAAACUUAGUCACUUCUGUUAUGAAAAAUAUAAAUGUAAUGUAAAUGCACUACUAGUAGUUGGGAUUAUCCUUUUGAAGUUGUACAAAUCUUAAAUCUGUAAAUAUUCUUAAUGUUUACAAAGAGACCUCUCUGGUCUAAUAUUAAACCCUUCAUGAGGAUUCAUCCAUUUUUUAAAUCCAUAUGCUUUGCUUCCAGCAUAUGCUUGCUUUUUGCACUAAUAAGAAUUUAAUGUACCUCAUUCUUAUGUUUAUAAUCGCUUGUGUUGCUUCCAUAACAUUUCUGUAAUACUUUAGUAUAAAAAUUUAACCAAAGUUAAAAUACAUGGUAAGCAGUUUUGCACAUAUUAUAUGCUAAUUCUUAUGACAUAUUUAUUCCAGUUAGUCUUCAUAACUGCUUGUUUGGUAGAAUAUACAAGUAAAGCAAUCAGUUCAAUAUUCCCAUUUACUUAUCAGUAAUUUUUCAUUAAUUAGAUAG